ACUUUUGACCAGGCAGUGUCUUGGAACAUUCGCACAUACUCCUCUGUUUCUGAACCAUCAGCUCAGUUGUUUUGAAGAUGGGACAUCUCACUGUUGUGGCUGUUAUGGCAGUGCUCUUCACCCUUUUCAUGGAAGCUGAAGCAAACCCAUUUGCUUACAACUAUGAAAGGCUACGAAUUGGAGGCCUGGUCUGUGCCAGCUUGUUGUUUAUUGGAGGACUCAGCAUUAUAUUUUAUAACAGGUGCUCCACUAAGAACAAAAAAGUGGAAGAUGACAACAGUGAAAUCUGAUAUGGUGCCUGACAAACCGGUUGGGGCCAGGAAGAAGAGCUCAGAGGCAAGGGGCGGAGAGAUUUGGGCGUGUGGUGGGGGGUUUGGAGGAAACACACCAGCUCAGAUGAUUUAAUCUGUAAAGACCUGUGCAAACAAAAAAUAUACCACUGAUGCAAAGUGUGAAGGCAUGUAUCCAUUAGGCCCAUAUCUGUACUAAUAUGUUAAUUAUAGGUUCAUUUAUAUUCACAAAGAUGUUUAUCGCUGAAAACACAUGAACCUUCUCAACAUAUUUUGUCUGUUUCAAGGUUAGUUUAGUCAUUACCAUAAUGUUGUUUAUUGUUACUGAAAUAGUGCAUUAGUAGGAACAUAAUGUCAUGUUUAGUCAUUAUGGCCUGCUGUUGAUAACAUUGUUAGAUUAAUCAUGUGGUCAACUAUUACAACAUUGUUAAGAUUAGGGAAAAAAUGGUAAGAAACCUUUGGUGUGCACAUCCAAAAUGAAAAUAAAUGUCACUAUGUGGAACC